UAAUCCGGAGGGGUACCUUAAAACCCGCCAUCGCUCUUUGCGUUCGAAUAUUUGACGGCCUGGAGGCGCAUACUACAUUUCUCCUCUCGUGAAGUGCGAUUUGUGAAAAUGGUUUAUUUUGCCGCGGCUUUGACCGUCCUUCUGGCCCUCGCCCACAACGGCUGGGCGUUGCAAUGCUGGUCGUGUUCGUCCGACCUGGACCCAUCCUGCAUGGACCACUUCAACGCGACCAGAUACUCCCAGUUCAGGAACACCUACCAGCAGGUCAACCCCAACUACCAGAACCAGCGCAACGAGAUGCCCGUCCUGCGGCAAUGCGAGAACAAUCUGGGUCAGAUCUACAACCAGAAGCCAAUGUGCGUCAAGAGGAUUAUAAACGUCCCAUAUGGUAAGAAAAUCAUUACGCGAGAAUGCAAGUCCGUAUCCAUGAACCAAGCGGUGGGCACCUGCCCGGAGAAGAACAGCAACAUCGAGUUCUGCGAGUACUGCGACUACGACGGCUGCAACCACGCCGCUGGGCUCCGGGGAAGCCUCUGGGUGCUGCUGGUGCCGGCUGUGUUCUACUCGCUCCGCAGAUAAUUGAUGAUUUACCGAUGUGUGGUUUUAAUUAGAUUCCGGGUACAAAAGUAUUUUUCAGUGUUUCAGAGUGACCAAAAAACGUAGUGAAGGUCGUAAUGUAAAUAGUCUAAGUUUUAACAAUAAAAUAGAUUUGUUUUUUGUAA